AUGCGCGCGAAGACAUCCUGGUCGAAGUGUUCGACGAGCGGCUCGCUCGCACCCGAAGACGUCAGCGCGUUCGAAACGCAUGGAUACUUGGUGCUCACUGACUUCGCGAGCCCCACCGAAAUCUCCGCCAUGCGCGCGCGCGCGGCGGAAAUAGUCGACAAAUUCGACGCCAACGCAAACAGAGAGUCGAUCUUCUCUACCGUGAAUCAGUCCGGGCAGAAACGGGCGACGGACGAGUAUUUUUUGGGGUCGGCCGACAAAGUCUGUUGCUUCUUUGAAGAGGGAGCGUUCGAUGAACGGGGCGAACUGCGCGUGCCGAAACACCUCUCGAUCAACAAAAUCGGACACGCGCUGCACGAUUUAGAUCCAGUGUUUCGCGCGUGGAGUCGCUCGGAAAAGGUGAAGAAUCUAUUCAAAACGCUGGGCUCGCCGCGGAAUCCGCAACCGGUGCAGUCCAUGUACAUAUUCAAACAACCGUCCAUCGGCGGUGAAGUGGUGCCGCAUCAAGACUCAACCUUUUUGAACACCGACCCACCGACGUGCGUCGGAAUUUGGCUCGCCCUCGAGGAUUGCACGCUGGAAAACGGCUGCCUGCACGCGCUCUCCGGCACGCCCGAUGUCGCGCGACGCAUGGUCGUUGACCACGACGGCACUCGCGCGGUCGAAUUCAUCGGCGACGCCCCGACGCACGACCUCACCGUCGCCGAACCCUUGGACGUCCCCGCCGGAACCUUGGUCGUGCUUCACGGCCAAAACGUGCACUACAGUCGCCCGAAUCUUUCGCCGGCGUCUCGCCACGCGUACUCGGUCCACUACGUCGACGCCACCGCGACUUGGCGCCCCACCAAUUGGCUCCGCCGCUCCCCCGACUUUCCUUUCGUCCCGCUCUAG